UAUAAGCCAAAAUUGAUUCUCAGAGGUCAUAAGAGAGGCGUUUCCGCAGUCCGAUUUUCUCCGGAUGGAAACUGGAUUGCAAGUUGCUCGGCGGAUUCGACAAUCAAGAUAUGGGACGCGCGUUCUGGGAAGCUGGCACAUACUCUUGAAGGACAUUUGGCAGGAAUAUCCACCAUAUCAUGGAGUCCUGACUCGAAGUUGAUAGCGUCUGGAUCUGAUGACAAGUCCAUCAGGCUCUGGGAUGUUGCUACGGGCAAAGCAUACCCUGUUCCAUUUCUCGGUCAUCAUAAUUAUGUAUACUCUCUCGCAUUUUCACCCAAGGGCAACAUGCUCGUAAGCGGAUCGUACGACGAAGCAGUAUUCUUGUGGGAUGUCCGAACAGCAAGAGUCUUGAGAUCACUACCAGCACAUUCAGAUCCAGUCGGUGGUGUUGAUUUCAUACGAGACGGUACUAUGGUUGUGAGCUGCGCAGGAGACGGCUUAAUCCGAAUAUGGGAUACGGGCACAGGUCAAUGUCUCAGAACGCUCGUUCACGAGGAUAAUCCCCCUGUUGUGUCUGUGCGCUUCUCCCCUAAUGGAAAGUUCGUCCUAGCGUGGACUCUGGACUCGUGCGUCCGACUUUGGAACUAUGUUGAAGGGCGAUGUGUCAAGACGUACCAAGGCCAUAAAAAUUCCAAAUACAGCAUCACAGGUGCUUUUGGCGUCUACGACAGUGGCGCAUUUGCAGUGUCUGGGAGUGAAGAUGGCGAUAUGGUUGUGUGGGAUGUAACCAGCAAGGCGGUCCUGCAGCGACUAUCCGGCCAUGAUGGUGUUGUUUUAGGAGUAGAUACGCAUCCGACAGAGCGAAUGAUCGUUAGCGGUGGAUUGGACGGGACAGUUCGAAUAUGGAGAGAGGAUGAAGCU